GGCGAGGCGAGGCGGAAAUGGGGCUCCGCGUCCGCGCUUCCUCGCUUCUGCUAUCCCUCGCCAUCGAGCUCGCGGCCGUGCUCGUCUCAGUGUCGGCGCAGCAGAAAUUCGGGAUCAACUACGGGCAGAUCGCGAACAAUCUCCCGGACCCGACGCAGGUGGCGACCCUCCUCCGGUCGAUGAACGUGAACAAGGUGAAGCUCUACGACGCGGACCCCCGGGUGCUGACGGCGUUCGCCAACACGGGCGUGGAGUUCAUCAUCGCCGUGGGCAACGAGAACCUGCAGACCAUGGCCGGCAGCCCCGCCGCGGCGCGGCAGUGGGUGGCGGCGAACGUGCGGCCCUACAUCCCGGCCACGCGCAUCACCUGCGUCACCGUGGGCAACGAGGUCUUCUCCGGCAACGACACGGCCACGAUGGCCAGCCUCCUCCCCGCCAUGAAGGCCGUCCACGCGGCGCUCGCGGACCUGGGCCUCGGCGGCCAGGCCACCGUCUCGUCGGCGCACUCCGUGAACGUGCUCGCCGCCAGCUUCCCGCCGUCGUCGGGCGCGUUCCGGGAGGACCUGGCGGAGUACAUGAAGCCCAUCCUGGACUUCCACGCCCAGACGGGGUCGCCGUUCCUCAUCAACGCCUACCCCUUCUUCGCGUACAAGGCGAGCCCGGGCAGCGUGUCGCUGCCGUACGUGCUGUUCGAGCCCAACCCGGGGGUGCGCGACCCCAGCACCGGCCUCAGCUACGACAACAUGCUGUACGCCCAGAUCGACGCCGUGUACGCCGCCAUGAAGGCCAUGGGGCACACGGACGUGGGCGUCCGGAUCUCGGAGACCGGGUGGCCGUCCAGGGGCGACGAGGACGAGACCGGGGCCACGGUGCAGAACGCCGCCGCGUACAACGGCAACCUCAUGCAGAGGGUCGCCAUGAGCCAGGGGACGCCGCUCAAGCCCAACGUGCCCGUCGACGUCUACGUGUUCGCGCUCUUCAACGAGAACAUGAAGCCAGGGCCCACGUCGGAGCGCAACUACGGGCUGUUCUACCCCAACGGCUCGCCGGUGUACGCGCUCAGCGCCGGCUCCGGCGGCGGUUCAGGUCCGGGCGGGUCGCUCAACCCGUACUACACAUCCAUGUUCUCCUCGUCGUCCAGAUCCGCGGUGAGCGCGACCUUCUUGACAGAGAGAGUGAUGCUGUUACUGCUGCUGCAAGCAACUGUAAUACUCCGACACUACUGCUAGUCAGUGAAUACCUUGUAAUCUUGUAUACGAAAAAAAAAAUGCAUCUCAAUUCAACCCAUAGGGUAGGCCUUAGAUUCGGAAAUUUGGCACGACAGUGUGGCUGCUCGAAAAGGUCUCAUCUUUUUUUUUUUCUCUUUUAUUCCCCCGCAGCAAUGACCUUGAAAGUUCUUGAAAAGGUGACCUUUUUUC